UGUUUGUUGGAAUAACAAUUGUAAAAGUGAUUUUAUUCCGCAGUGCAUUACAUGGUAAUGGUAAUGAGUAGUAAUGGCUGAGUGCCCUUCAGUGACCUCUCUGCACCAAGAACAUAGUCUGUUAGGUACAUGAAUGCGCAUAGCCACAGUUCUGGUGUACUUCAGGUCCGAGUAGAAACAUUUUGUCAAAGUCUCAAGAGUAGGUCUGUGUGUGUAUACACGCGUGCAUCCAUAUAGAGAAUUGGAGUAAUAAGGAAGACGAACAUGGCAACUAUACCUGAAUUCUUCCAGGCUAAAAAUAUAUUUGUUACUGGAGGAACUGGCUUCAUAGGGAAAGUGUUGUUGGAAAAGAUACUUCGCUCCUGUCCUGAUGUGGGCAACAUUUAUAUACUGUUACGAUCAAAGAGAGGGAAAGAUCUCAAAGAAAGGCUCACGGAUUUAACAAACUUACCGCUGUUUGAUGUCUUGAGGCAAAAAUAUCCUGAGAGUUUUAAGAAAAUAGUGCCGGUGUCGGGCGACUGUAUGGAACUGGGGCUUGGUCUGUCACCAAGUGACCGGCAAAUGUUAGAAGAAAACGUGUCCAUAGUGUUUCAUUCGGCUGCCAGUGUCAGAUUUGAUUUUACCCUCAAGUAUGCAACACUUAUAAAUGCAAGAGGAACACGGGAAGUCAUGUUAAUUGCAAGAAAAAUGAAGCAUUUAAAGGUUUUAGUUCAUAUCUCCACGGUUUAUUGCAUCUGUGACAGAAAAGUUGUGGAGGAGGUCAUCUAUCCACCCCAUGCUGAUUGGAGAGAUAUUAUCAACAUUGUGGAGAACACCGAUGAACAUAUACUCGAUGUUCUGACACCAAAGAAGUCCUGGACUUUCCUGAUGAUACCUAGGAUUCUAGGGAAUCUUCCAAAUACAUAUGUAUUCACGAAGUCACUGGCAGAGCAUGUGGUCAAAGAUCUUGGAGAAAACCUGCCAAUCGUAAUAAUCAGACCUUCCAUAGUGAUAUCCACACUGAAUGAUCCUUUUCCUGGAUGGAUAGAAAACUUCAAUGGCCCAGUAGGUCUUCUGAUAGCAUCAGGCAAAGGAAUUGUUAGAGUAGCUCUUGGCAGUCCAGACACAGUUGUUGAUUAUAUGACAGUUGAUUUUGCUGUAAAGAUCAUAUGUAUUGCAGCUUGGGAGAAAGCAAGAUCCAGUAACUUGAACCCUGCAGUGUAUAAUGCAUCAUCAGGAAAAUUGAAGCAAAUAACCUUAAAGCUAUUACUUGAUAUUGGUCUGGAAGUAACAGCAGAGAAUCCUCUGGGCAACAUGUUGUGGAAGCCUUCUGUCUACAUAACUGACAACAGAAUUAUAUAUUUCUGGACGAUGAUUCUUUUGCACUUAAUCCCAGCAAUACUGGUUGACAGCCUUCUCAAAUUUGCAGGAAAGAAACCAUUAUUACUAAGAAUUCAAAAACGCAUUUUCUUAGCAUCGAUGGCACUCUUUCACUUUGCAAGCAAUUCAUGGUACUUAAAGAAUGACAUGAUGUUGUGGCUUAUUGAUCAAGUCCUUCCAGCUGACAAAGAGUUUCAAAUGAAAGAAAUCCAUAAUGUUGAUGUAAAAGAGUAUUUCACUUCCGCUACGAAAGGAGCAUUAGUGUAUUUACUGAAGGAGCCUGAAGACAGGACACAAGCAAGAAGAAUUUACACAAGAUUCUGGUGGCUGGAUGCAAUUCUACGCGUUGUCAUAAUUAUUUCCCUCCUUUGGAUUGUGUACCACAGUGAAGUGCAACAGCAUGCACUCGCUAGUAUCUGUACAUUUGUGAAGAAUAUCAUACAUGGUGAUUGACUGGAAGCAUGCACGUAACUUUCUGUAUAGUGCAAAGAUGCACACAGGGUGAUCAUGCAGGCAAGCAAUACUGAUAUAUUCUAAUAUACUUGAAAACAUAAUGUUGAGCUGUAAGAAAUGUGUGUAAACAUGCAUUAUGAAGAGUUAUUUGUGGCGGAUACAAUUUACUGACUGUACUUGUAGAGAUUGAAAAUAAAAUUGGAAA